AGUUCGUCGCAAUGGGUGUCUCCAGCUCAGUCAGCAUAGCCGAUCUCGAUAGCAACGAGUCACUGACUCGACUAGUAGGCGAUGAAAGAAUUGAAGAAGGCUUGUCAUUCUGGGACGAGCUGCUUUCUUUCUACUUUACAGUGCCUGAGAACAGAGGAGAUGCGAGAGUUUUGGAAGAGGCGACUAGAGGGUUGUGUAAGAGAAUGACUCACAACAAUCCAGUGACAGGCAACUUGUCAACUCUCGUCAGACUAUUCAUAGAAAGAGCAAGCCAUUUGGCUAACGACGAAAAGAAACAGGAAGACAACGUCUAUACCUGGCAAGUCUACAAUGCAGUCUUCCUCAUUCGUUCACUUGUCAAGUACUUCACAGAGAAUCUCUCCGAAGAUGAAGUCUCUCUUCAAUUCUCUUCCACUAAACAAUCAUCCGAAGUCACACCAUCAAGCAGCAGCCAAGACACUCCUGAAACUCAGACUGUAUUGGUCAAUGGCGAGGUGAUGUCACCUUUGUCUGGCGCUCACGUGUCAUCGUCUUCUACGCAGGCUGUUGGUGGUGAUGUGGGUAAUGGUAGUAUUGGACAAGUGGCGAGUAGGAGAGCAUUGUGUCCUCUUUUGUGUGAACUUCUGGAUUCGCUUCUUACAUCGCUCUGUGAUAUUCCUGUUGUAUCAUUUACGUAUGGAAUAAAAGUUGAGAUCAUCAACACUCUCCUAGUCUUCUUAUCAAGACAGUUAUGGUCAUACGUUUACACAUCAAGUGACAUCAGUCUCAUCCUACAUCACAUCUUAUCAGUCAACAGUCGCCAGUCUGCUGCUGUCGUAAGAACGUUGCUGAUUAAUUUCGUUCAUCAUGAUGUUGCUCCACCAGCUGAUAUACGGAUGACACGAAGCGGUGUAUUCUCUUCAAUAAGCAGUGCUGCAUCAAGCCUCUGGUCAUACUUCGUUGGCCCAAAGACCACUGUGGCUGAGCAAAGAGAGACUCCUCUAGCUGAUCUCAGUCUUCUCCUCUUUCUCGUACUGACCAACCACCACACACGCAGCGAGGGCCAACUCAUCAAUCCUUACAGACGAGCAAUGAGAAACUUUGCAGAUCUUAGAGGGCAAGUCAACCAACAGAAAAGCGAAGUGUCGUUUGUAUUACAACUGGAUCAGUUGUACUUUGCAUUAUGUCGUGAUCUUAAGCAGGAUCAGGCCAUUCUCCUCUUGUACAUGUUGCUGCAUGAAAACACGAACAUGGCAGCGUUCAUCUUCUCACGAUCGGAUGUUGAAAACUUGGUGCUGCCCAUUUUGAAAUUAUUGUAUUCGCCGGAACAGAAGAACUCUCAUCUGGUGUAUAUGGCUCUGAUUGUUCUGCUCAUGUUUAGUGAAGAUGAUGGCUUUAAUAGGUCAAUACAUGAAAUUAAACUGUCCUCUGUUCCUUGGUACAAUGAACGGCAACUGUCUCAAGUUACACUUGGUGACCUUCUUGUGUUGGUACUGAUUCGUACAAUACAACAUAACAUAGCGACAGUUCGGGACAAGUAUCUGCAUACCAACUCACUGGCUGCACUUGCUAACAUGUCUGCAAACUUGCGACAGUUGCAUCAGUACGUUGCUCAGAGAAUAGUUGAUCUUUUUCAAUUGUUGGCCAGACGGCAUAAAAAGAUGGCUGCGUCAAUGCGCCGAGCACCAGAACAGCCAGACUCAGGACAGGAUUAUGUAUGUGUGGAGAUGUCUUCGCAGUCUCUGGUUGCUGAUUUGCCAAUUGUAGAUGAAGUGAUGCGUAUGGUUCUUGAAAUUAUUAACUCUUGUCUCACUCAUUCUCUUCAUCAUAAUCCGAAUCUUGUAUAUGCUUUAUUGAGACAACACGAGUUGUUUGCAGAGUUCAGGACGAAUGCAACGUUUCAAGAUGUUGUGCAGAAUAUUGAAACUGUUGUCGGUUACUUUAAUUCUAAGCUUGAUCGCACGACCAGCCAUUCUGUGUAUGACGUACAACUACUGAUUGAGGAAGCAUCACGAUCAUGGCCUCGCGAUCGACUGAAGCGUUUUCCUGAGUUGAAGUUCAGAUACGUGGAAGAAGAACAACCGGAGGAAUUCUUUGUUCCAUACGUGUGGUCUCUUGUAUAUCAUUGUUCUGGUCUCUACUGGGAUCCACUACAAGUCGUUCUCUUUUCGCUACAAAGAGAUGAGUGACCGUCUGGCCAAGUCAAAUUCAACAAUUAAUAUUCUAAAUUUCCUUUUCGAAUGUCAAUUUCUCAUUGAGUUACUGAUCUGUAGAUUUCCACCAACACAUUGUGUAUAAUGCGAGUACUGUACGUAUACUGUAGCCUAGUAUGCGCGUGGGUGUGUCUACUUCUGUGUCAGGUUGUCAUUGUGAAUACAUUCAUACCAAUUCUCUUC